AUGGAGCUCGAAUCCUUUUCGAACUGGUUUGAUGAGCCAGCUGUCAUCGAGUACCAUCACAAGCGCCAAAAGCUCGACCCAAGGUAUAACGGCUCUUUGCAGGGCCAACACCAUAACGUCUCCGCAGCCUCGCCGGCGACGACCUACGACCCAAUCCGCGACAACGCGGUGUGGAGUAAUGAGGAGACACAUGAUUUCUACUCGACUGCUACGAGCUUGGCGAAUACCUCGUGGGCGCCCACGCUCUCAGCCAGCACAGCUUCGAUGAGGAACGUUUCGGAAAGCUUCGACUUUGACUUUGGAGCAUCCAUUCCGAGCAUUGAAUGGCACGAUAACUUUACUUACCCCAACGCGCAGAUUGAAGAACAUCAGAUGAUCAAUCCCAAUUACCUCCCACCGAACCGGCCUAUCUACAGUGACCUCUUCAUCAUUGGACCUGCGCUGCGAACCUCCAAACUCACUGCUCCUCUUGUCGACGGGCAGAGCAUUUGGUUGUUUCGAAGAGCGGACCGCAGGGAUUCUGGCACUAUGGCAGCUCAACCCCGCAUCACAUACCAGAUGUAUGGCAAUGUCACCACUCGUCGGGCAAACAACAAACCUGCCAAAGGUCCACAAAGUGGCCAAAACGACCUUCAAUACUUAUUGAAUGUCAUCAUCUACGGACCGAGAGAAUUUGGUCGGGGGGUCGGCGACUAUCUGGCAAAGUGCAAGAUGUUCCUCCAAGAUCCAAUCCAGUAUGAUCGAGAUGUCCCUUAUCUUAAUCCGCACCUGCUGUCACGUACAGAACAAGUGGUCAUGACCUCGUCGCUCAAAGCCGAAGUUGAAGAACCGUCAAGGGGCCAAGAGGUGAUAACUGUGGACGCUCCGGAGGAUCUCUUCAGCCAGAUCUGCGACGAUUCUCAUCUUCAACUUACCGACCCACCCCAUCAGCUUUGUACCGGUUUGUAUAAACAUCAGCAGAAAGCCCUGACGUUCAUGAAGGAGAAAGAGCAGCCCGGUCGUUCGAGGAUUCCCCGGACAGUCUUUGGGUACACCAACUUGAUCACACAACAGUCCCAGAGCCAUGAACCCUCAGAAUCCAGAGGCGGUCUUUUGGCUGAUCAGAUGGGCCUCGGCAAAACACUGACUAUGAUCUCGCUCAUUGCGCUAAAUCCUGCUCAGCUUGCCGCGUCGCUCGUAUUCACGUCCCAAGGAAUAAUUCACCGAAUCAAGUCGACCUUGAUCAUUGUUCCAUUCUCUUUGUUGGAUACUUGGGACACUCAGCUACGACGACAUCUUAAACCGAACUCUUUAUCCUGGUUCAGGUUUCAUGGCUCUCAGAAGCGCAAACUACUGUCUUUGAGCAGUUAUGAUAUCGUCAUCACGACUUAUGAAACAUUGAUGGGCCAGCUGAAAAAGCACAAGGACCCCAGGUGGACUGAUAGCACUUUAUUCUCCUUUGCCUGGCAUCGCAUUGUACUUGACGAAGGGCACAUCAUCCGCAAUCGGUCUAGUGGAAUCGCACAAGCCUGCUGCACUCUUCGAGCAAGUCGACGGUGGGCCAUGACGGGGACACUAAUUCAGAACAAACCCAGCGAUCUUGGGAGCCUUCUCGAGUUCCUUCAUAUCGAGCCUUUCGAAGACCCUAAGGUCUUUGAUGCGGAGGUGGUGAAGCCUUGGUUGAAAUCGGCCGACAAGGACACAGCUAGACUGAAGAGAGUGAUCAGGUGUUUGUCUCUGUGUCGCACGAAAGCGAUCAUCGACCUCCCUCGUUGCAGAGAUGUGAUCCAGUACAUCGAUUUUGGGCAAGAGGAGGCCUUGCUCUAUGAAUUGGCCAGAGAUCGCAGCAUCCAAAAGCUCGACGAAGCUCUAUCCGACAGUCCUGUCGCCCCAGGCAUGUAUCUCAACGCAUUGGAAUGGCUGAAUGAACUACGUCUCAUCUGCAACCAUGGUUUGAUGCACCCCUGGAAAGAAUGGCAGGGAGUCCUCAAAAAAGGGUCCUCGGCCGGACCUUGGAACAAGACAAAAGCGAAACAGGCUUUCGCGACUUUGGUGGACGCCGGCUCGGCGAUCUGCAAACUAUGUCAGGCCAACAUGGCAGCCGGGACCGGUGAGGCCGACAGUCUCGAGCAUUCCAAACCAUCACUAUCCAGAUGCAUGACCGUCAUCUGCAGUUCUUGUAUUCAGAAUCGCUUGAACGGUGAGCAAGUCCCAGGAUGCGGCUGCAACCCGGCCUGUCCUAAAGCCGAAGUGUCCUGGGCCCCAGAAACCUCGAAUAGACCUGCGGAAGCUGGACUCCCCACGAUAGAAGAAAAGAAAGUCUCGACCAAGUUGAGGACGCUUCUACAGGACCUUAAGCAGCAUGAAAAGGCAGAAAAAAGUGUGGUGUUCUCGUUCUGGACCUAUACACUCGACAUCAUCGAGUCAUUACUGCGCCAACAUACGAGCAUUCCAUAUGCGAGAAUCGAUGGCAACCUUUCGGGGGCUAGGCGUGAGCAGGCAAUCCAGCGGUUUCAGACGGAUGACUCUGUGCGUGUCAUCUUGGUCUCCAUCACUUGUGGUGGAACUGGCCUCGAUCUAACAGCUGCUUCGCGAGCAUAUCUACUUGAGCCCCAGUGGAACCCGAUGAUCGAAGAACAAGCUCUCUCCCCCAUCCAUCGCUUGGGCCAGACCAAAGAAGUGAACACGAUCAGAUACCGCGUCCGCAAUUCAUUCGAAGAGAAAGUGGCGAUGAUCCAGGAUAUGAAGAGGGAUAUCGCGGCUGGUGCCUUUUCCAGCGAUUUGCCAGCCAGUGGAUUGAGCAAGUCGAGUCGGCUGCAGGAGUUCCGGGAUGCUUUCUAG